CUCAGACAUUCAUUGCUACUGCGCAUGAGUAAUGGCGUUGCAGCCUCUCUUAGUCGCAGCUAUUCUACUACUCUGUUGUGACCUUGAUCGGGCAGCUGACUGCGAAUUCGGCGAUCGUCAGUUUACUAUUGGUGAAAGCUUCGAGAAUCCUGGCGAAUGCGCGAUUUACCAUUGUGAUGCUGAAGGCAGCAUAUCAGCGAAGAGCUGCGCAGAGUCCCUGCCACCGCCGAACUGCAAGACGAUACCACAAGAUAACAGCAAACCCUAUCCAGAUUGUUGUAAACGACACGAUUGCUAAAUGAGUCUAGUGGGCAUUUAAGAUAAGGAAAUUCUUUAAAAAAUAUGUUAAUUUAAAAAGAUUUAUGUUUAUAUAUGUUAAAUAAUUAGCACUUAAAAUAUCAAGGAAUAAAACCGAACAUAACCUUUAAA